CGAACGCGAUGCCCACUCGUUCUGCUUUCCUCGAUCGAAUCAACAUUUUGAGAAGAUUUCGUUCCGUUUCGGCUUUCCAUUCUGUUUAGAGUCUCCAAACGAGUCCGAGUCAGCGCGCAAUCGUGUCUGAGUCAGGGCCUCAAUUCUCAGAAGGAAAAAGCGAAGAACAAACACGUUGUUUCUUCAUCAAUGGAGGCCCCUAAAUCGAAAUUCCAGACCGUGUCUUCCUACGAUUGCCUGCUUUUUGAUCUUGAUGAUACUCUUUAUUCUCCAGCUUUGGGAAUUGCCGAGGAUUGCAGGAAAAAUAUUGAUGAGUUCCUUAUGAAGAAAUGUGGAUUAGUGAGAGAGAAAGCGACAAAGCUUAGAGCUGAACUUUUCCUUACUUAUGGAAGUUCACUUGCAGGCCUUAGAACAUUGGGUUAUGAUGUGGAUGCUGACGACUAUCACAGUAACGUGCACGGUCCAUUACCUUACCAAGUCAUCAAACCUGAUCCGAAACUAAGGGCGGUCCUACAAAGCAUCACGCAAAGAAAGCUGGUGUUUACAAAUUCGGAUAGGGCGCAUGCCAUGAAGGUUCUAAUGAGGCUGAAUUUGGAAGAUUGCUUUGAGCAAAUCAUAUGCUUUGAGUCUCUUAAUCCCCAUAUUUCCAUGUCUAGAGAGGUCCCUGUGGUUCUAAAGCCAUCCAAGGAAGCAAUGCAAAUUGCCAUCAAAUUAGCACAGGCAGAUCCACACAAAACUUUAUUUUUUGAUGAUGGUGGCCGGAAUAUUUCAGCUGGUAAAGCAUGUGGCCUUGUGACUGUCCAGGUGGGAGGAUCAGCAGAUGCUCGGGGAGCGGACUAUACUAUUGAAAGCAUCCACGACCUACAACAAACGAUUCCACAAAUUUGGGUAAAUUACAACAAAAAAGAAAUCACCCAAGACAUCCUCACAAGAGACCGUCGUGCUUUAGCACACACAGGGAGCCAAAUCAACCUAACCAUUGCACCCUCUCCGGUGGAAGCUUGAUUUCCUCUAUGCAAAACAAGGGGUGAGCCCUAAUAGCCAAGGGUUCUGGUGUUUUAGAGUUACCCUUGAUUGUAGGAUCCGAUCCCAAGCUUGUAUAGUUUGUAUUUUUUUUUUGAGUAUGAUGUAGAGUGUAUAGUUAACAAACUUGUGCGGCUUAACACUCAAAUAAAUAAUUGUACUUUUGUGGCUUAACAUUCAAAUAAAUAAUUGUACUUGUGUGGGUAUCAUACCUGA